GCAACCAAAACCAAGCAAGCUAAGAUAAAACAGCGCUUCAAUGUCAUUCAGAUUUUGUUAUACCCUGAUGAAUCAAACGUGUGAGUCUGUAUCUAAACAAUUUAAAAAAUGUUCUCGCAAAUUAUAAAAACUUUGGAAAAUUCCACGGGUUAUGUAUCUCUGAACAGCAUUUGCAUGUCAUUGCGGAAUGAUUGUCCGAAUCUGACCUCCUCCAAUCUCAAAGAAACGGUUUCGAACCACCUCGAACGCGGAUACAAAAUGGGAUUGAUUUAUCGCUCCGCUGACGGGUUCAAACUUUCCGUCAACUUGAACAAACCAGAAAACGAAUACUUCGAAUCCACGCUAAAGCGUUUGAAUCAUGAAUAUAGAACUUCAAGCCCCGAACGCGUCACCACAGCGGUGUCCUCGUAUCAGCAGGAGGCACCAAAAUCGUAUGUUGUCGACCGCCGUACUCCGACAUUGAAUAGCUUGUGGAACAAACGCCCGGCGGACUGCGGCCCAGGAUGGAACCGACGGCCGCUGGCACAGCGUCAGGCUAUCGCAAUCCGGCGCCGGCAGGCAGCACAGGAGAAAAUUCGACAACGAAUACGUGCUGCCAGACAGAGAAGAGCGCGCUCGCGAUCAAGGUCCCGAUCGCCGAGCAGAUCCCGCUCGAGGUCCCGGUCCCCGAGGAGAUCCCGCUCACGUAGUCGAUCGCGGUCGGCUCGGGCUAGGGGAUGAAACUGGAGAUUCUGCUAAAUUAUCAAUGUAGACUGGUGUAUUUAUAAAUGAAUUUAUAUUUUCAAAUUUUAGUACUGUUGAUUUAGAUAUCAACGAGGUGAAGAAGAAGAAUAAAACGACACGGUUCCAAUUUUUUAACUAUAUUGGAGUAUGUUAAAAAA